CUCAAGAGAAAGGUUUGGGUAGACACGCCGGAGCACCGAAUGUUUGCUAGGCGCUGAAGGGAGCCCGUGUUGCUCACUACCAGACCGGCGGAGGUGGAAGCGAGGGGGCGCGUAUCACCUUGGGCGAGCGUUGAGCUCCCCGUUUGCGCUCGGAUGGCGACGCCGAGCUGAGCCAGGGAGGCUCGCCUCGCACCCACCGGGUGGCCGGGGGUGAUGCUUUCCGGCCGAAAGACGCCUGGCUCCACCUCGGCGGUACAGGUGUUGGCCGUUUCCAACCGAAUCCACCACUACCACCGCCGUGGGGGAUGUUUGACCCACAGCCGAUGCGAGGCCGUCUCCGGGGAGCAGCUAAACUCCCCACGGGUGCCUCUUAAUUUGGCCCGGUGAUGUGGAGCCGAAUCCACCUGGGGCUAAUGUUCUCGAGCGCCGUGGGAGAACUUCCCCUGUGACUCGUACGAUUGAUUUCGGUUCAAUUCUAAUAAUCCUCGAAUUAUCCCCGCGAAGAUUAAUUUUAGGAUGAAUGUUUGGCAACAAAAGUGUGACAUUUGGAUUUACUGAAGUAAAAAAAAAGUGACAGCAACUACUACAAUGUGCCUCUAACUAGUUAGGAGAUUUUCCAUCAUGUCCAGAUCCAACAGCGUGAGCCCACCCGGUGCUGGACUCGGGCCCAUCCCGAGGGGUGGCACGGAGCACCGGUCCGCUUGGGGCGAGUCCGACUUUGUGACCAACGGGUGCGCAUACGCCAACCGCAGACUGGACGGCCGCCGGAGGGACGACGAUGAUCCUACGGGGCCACGUCGAGCCGGCCCCACCUCCGUGAGCCGGGUCAGCUUCCGUUCACGCUCUGCCUGGCAGGAGCGCGCCGACGAGGCUCGAGCCGGAUCGUUGGAGUCGGGCCACCCACGAGAUGGCGGCCCCCCCGCAGCCGAGGCCGGCUUCUCGGCAGCGGCGUUCUGGUCUGGCGUGGCGCACGUCUUCAGCUCCAAAAAGUUCCGGUCGGAGAACCUGGAGCGCCUCUACCAGCGCUAUUUCUUCCGGCUCAACCAGAGCAGCCUGACCAUGCUGAUGGCCGUCCUGGUUCUGGUCUUUGUCGUCAUGCUGCUCUUCCACUGCUGGACUGGGAGCGGACCGAGCGCGGCGUACGUGACUGUCUUCUCCGGUGCCAUCCUGCUGACGUUGGCGCUGAUGGUGGCGUGCAACCGGACGGGAUUCCGGCAAGACCACAUGUGGGUGGUGUGCUAUGCACUGAUCAUGCUGGUGGUGCUGGUGCAGGUAGCGGGCGUGCUGUCGGUGCGGCCCCGGGACGCCUCGGAGGGCGUCUGGUGGACCAUUUUCUUCAUUCACAUUAUCUACACUUUGCUGCCCGUCCGCAUGAGAGCCGCCGUGCUGACCGGAUUCUUGCUGUCCGCAGUGCAUGUGGCCUUGUCUUGGUCACAGAACAGCACGGCCCCUUUUCUCUGGAAGCAGCUGGUGUCCAACACACUGAUCUUCUGGUGCACCAACAUCGUGGGCGUGUGCACGCAUUACCCGGCCGAGGACUCUCAAAGGCAAGCCUUCCAAGAGACGCGUGAAUGCAUCCAAGCUCGUCUGCACUCACAGCGGGAAAACCAGCAGCAGGAGCGUCUGCUGCUAUCGGUGCUUCCCCGGCAUGUUGCCAUGGAGAUGAAGGCGGAUAUCAACGCCAAGCAGGAGGAUAUGAUGUUUCACAAAAUCUACAUACAAAAGCACGAUAACGUCAGCAUCCUGUUCGCCGACAUCGAAGGCUUCACCAGUUUGGCGUCUCAGUGUACGGCGCAGGAGCUUGUCAUGACGCUCAACGAACUCUUUGCUCGCUUUGACAAGCUGGCUGCGGAAAAUCAUUGCCUUCGCAUCAAGAUCCUUGGUGACUGCUACUACUGCGUGUCAGGGCUUCCCGAGGCCCGUGCCGACCACGCUCACUGCUGCGUGGAGAUGGGCCUGGACAUGAUCGAAGCCAUCUCGCUGGUCCGGGAGGUGACGGGUGUCAACGUGAACAUGCGAGUGGGCAUCCACAGCGGCCGCGUUCACUGCGGCGUACUGGGUCUGAGAAAGUGGCAGUUCGAUGUCUGGUCCAACGACGUCACACUCGCCAACCAGAUGGAGGCCGGUGGAAAAGCAGGGCGAAUCCACAUCACCAAGGCGACCCUCAACUACCUGAAUGGCGACUACGAUGUGGAGGCGGGUGCAGGUGGCGACAGGAACGCUUACCUAAAGAGGAACAGCAUAGAAACCUUCCUCAUUGUCGGCUGCAGCCAGAAGAGGAAAGAGGAGAAGGCCGUGAUCGCCAAGAUGAAUUGUCAUCGGACCAACUCUGUGGGUCACAACAGCAGCCACUGGACAGACCGACCUUUCUACAACCAUCUGGCCAACAAUAAUCAGAUCUCCAAGGAGAUGAAGAGGAUGGGCUUCGAGGACCCGAAGGACAAACACGCGCAGGAGCACAUGAACCCCGAAGACGAGGUGGACGAAUUCCUGGGCCGAGCCAUCGACGCACGUAGCAUCGACCGCCUGCGAUCGGAACACGUCAAGAAAUUUCUGCUUACCUUCAGGGAAGCCGACUUGGAGAACAAGUAUUCCAGACAAGUGGAUUCCCGCUUCGGGGCUUACGUGGCAUGCGCCUCCCUUGUGUUCAUCUUCAUCUGCUGUAUACAUGUCGUCAUCAUGCCUCCUUCUGAUGUGAUGAGGGGCUUGUUUGCGGGCUGCCUAGUGGUCCUGACGCCACUCGUGUUGGUGUCCAGUGUGUACUGCUGCUAUGGGGUGUUCCCAACCACCCUGCGGACGUUCUCCAGAAAGAUCGUCCAAUCGCGUCUCAAAAGCACCAUGGUGGGCGUGGCCGCCAUCCUAGUGGUCUUCCUGUCGGCUUUUGUCAACAUUUUCACCUGCAGCGGGAAUGAUGUUCGCGGCUGCAUAGCGGCGGAGCUUAACAUAAGCUGGGACGCGGUGGACGCUUGCCACGCGCGCUUCCUCAACUACAGCCUGGAUGCACAGACAGGACCCUGCGGGGAUCCGGCACCCUUCUGCGGAUUUCCCGAGUACUUUUCGUGGUGCGUGGUGUUGAGCCUGCUAGCGUGCUCGGUCUUCCUGCAGGCUCACAGCCUGGGCAAGCUGGUACUCAUGCUGGCCAUGGAGCUGCUCUACCUUCUGGUUGUGGAGCUGCCAAGGGGCAUUCUCCUUGACAACCGCGACCUCCUUGUGGUCGCUCACUCCGCGGAACAGCUGAACGCAACGAGCUGCGCUGUGGAUUCUAAGGUGCCUCUAAAGAUCAUGACGCCGGUCGUCAUCACUGUCUUCGUGCUGGCGCUCUAUCUGCACGCUCAGCAGGUGGAGUCCACAGCCAGACUCGACUUCCUCUGGAAGCUGCAGGCGACUGAGGAAAAAGAGGAGAUGGAGGAGCUGCAGGCGUACAACCGCCGCCUGCUGCACAACAUCCUUCCCAAGGAUGUGGCCGCGCACUUUUUGCAGCAGGAGCGCCGCAACGAUGAGCUCUACUACCAAUCCUGCGAGUGCGUUGCAGUCAUGUUCGCUUCGAUCAGCAACUUCUCUGAAUUCUACGUGGAGCUGGAGGGCAACAACGAGGGCGUCGAGUGCCUCAGGCUUCUCAACGAGAUUAUCGCAGACUUCGACGAGAUCAUCAGCGAGGACAACUUCCGCCAGCUGGAGAAAAUCAAGACGAUCGGCUCGACGUACAUGGCUGCAUCGGGUCUGAACGCGUGGACGUACGACAAGACGGGCCGCUCGCACAUCCGCGCGCUGGCCGACUACGCCAUGCGCCUCAUGGAGCAGAUGAAGUACAUCAACGAGCACUCCUUUAAUAACUUCAAAAUGAAGAUCGGUCUGAACAUGGGCCCUGUGGUGGCCGGUGUCAUUGGCGCCCGCAAGCCUCAGUACGACAUUUGGGGCAACACGGUCAACGUAGCCAGUCGCAUGGACAGCACCGGCGUGCCCGAGAAGAUACAGGUGACAGCUGACCUCUACCAGGUUCUCCACUCUUACAAUUAUUCCCUGGAGUACCGCGGUGUGGUGACUGUGAAGGGCAAAGGCGAAAUGAUGACUUACUUCCUCAACAGUGGACCCGCAAACAGCAGCUAACGCACUUUUUUAUGCUUUUCUGGGUCACACAGGACAAACGCCGCAUGGAUUGACAGGAAGUUGAAUGUUGAGGAUUUUUUUUCUUUAACUCUCAAGGACAGAGAGAGGUUGAGACCAAAGAAGCCAAUCAGGGCUCGAAUGAGCCAAAGCCCGACGUCUUCUGAACGCAUGGUGAGCGGCUGCUUCCAACUGAAAAAUGAUGUCAAGAAAAGGUUUUUAUACCUUUUGGACAUUUUCUAUUUUAACUUUGGAAUGCCAAAUCUUAUAUUUUGUACACAAGAUAUAAUAGAUGAAUUUCUCAUUCUCGCAAGGUGAACGCCCGAAGAAUAGUUGGCGCCCCUCCACACCCAUGCGGUGGUAUGACCCAAUGAAUGUCUAAUGAGGCCUUUUCACUCUUUCAGUGCUAUUGACGAUGAUAGACGUCCUAUCACGUGGCUCUUUUUAUCCUUCUCUGGGAAUUUAAAUUAUUUUGUCACUAGUAAAUGUCUAAUCCAUUUGAAGGAGGGCUAGCAGCGACUGAACAUCUAUCGCCAUAAAAGGCAGCCAAUGAGUUGACUUCAUUACACUUCCAAGUAUUCAUCACUACAGCUGGUUCUGAUAUUUUUUUGUUGGGGUUACCCAACCAACCAUUUCAAUUGUUAUUUUGGAGUGUUUUUCUCUCAUCCAGACUAGAAACAGUCAAGUCAAAUCAGGGAAAUGUACCACUAUGGAUGCUAACGUAACUUUAUAUGACAUGAAGUGUAAAGAUGUUUUAUUCUUUUCAUAAAUGACUGACUCAAGUAAUAAACAAACCCAAUCGUGUAUUUUGAGUGUUCACUCUUUGGCCAGCAGGUGGAGGCAGAUAUCAACAGCAAUAAUCCUAAAAUUUGUGAACUCUGUUCCAAUGCAUUUUCACAUGAAAGCAGUCUCUUUCCAUAUACAGUGGUACCUCCACAUCUGACGUAAAAUUUGACUUGCC